AUGGCGCUGCCUACGCCGACCAUCGAUUUGCUGCUGAACCUCAUCGACACGCGCCCGCAGUCCAUCCUGCAGACCCUCGCGCAGCACCCUCAGCUCGCCUCAGCCCGCGACGCACACGGCUACUCGCUUGUCCACGCCGCCGCCUCGUACAGCCAGCUGGACGUCCUGCGCGAGCUGGUCCAAAAGUACUCGGCCGACGUCAACAUCCUCGACGAGGACGGCGAGACCGCACUGUUCGCGACAGAGAAUGUCGAGGUUGCAAAAUGCCUGGUCGAGGAGCUGGGCGCCGACGUGAACAUAGCGAACAGCGAAGGCAAGACCGCCGAGCAGAAGAUUGGCGAGGAAGAGGGCGAAGGCCACGAAGUAUACCAGUACUUGAGGAGCCGCAGCGCCGGCGGCGAGCUGGCGGGCGCUGGCGUUGUGGACACCAACGGCGUGCCGCUGCCGAACGGUGUGCAGAUCAACAUGGGCACCAUGACAGAGGACGCUGCUGGCGAUGCACCAGAUCCGGAGAUCCGGAGGCGCAUUGACGAGCUGGCGGCAAGGGAGGACUUCCAGACCCCGGAAGUUCAGCAGCAGUUGAGGGAGCUCAUCCAGGAAGUUGUCACGGGUAUCGGUGCUGAUCAGGGAGAGCGGAACGUCAGGCAGAGAGUUGAUUGA